GGUUGGGUCCCGCGCCUACUGCUACUAGUCCCGGAGCAGCUCGCGCCGGGUUCAGCUGCUCGCGCGCACUCUGUCUCCAUGGCGACCCGCGGCGGGGCGGCGGCCGGGAGGCCCUACGAGCUGGUGGUGUUCGGGGCCUCGGGCUUCACGGGCCACUUCGUGGCGGAGGAGGUGGCGCGGGUGGCGGCCGGGGCUGAACUGCGGGGCUCGCUGCGCUGGGCCGUGGCCGGCAGGAGCCGGGACAAACUGCAGGGGGUGCUGGACAGGGCGGCUGAGAGGCUGGGAAAGCCAGAGCUAAAGUCAGAAGUUGGCAUAAUACCCUGUGAUGUCAGUGACCCAUCCUCCCUUGCUGAUAUGGCUAAACAGGCAGCUGUUGUUCUCAACUGUGUAGGCCCAUACAGUUUUUUUGGAGAACCAGUAGUGAAAGCUUGUGUUGAGAAUGGCACAAGUUGCGUUGACAUCAGUGGAGAACCUCAGUUUCUGGAAGGAAUGUAUCUGAAAUAUAAUGAUAAAGCUGCAGAAAAGGGGGUAUAUGUCGUUGGAAGCAGUGGCUUUGACUCUAUUCCAGCUGAUAUGGGAGUCUUGUACACCAGAGACAAUUUGAAAGGUACCCUAACUGCAGUUGAAAGUUUCCUGACAGUGAAAUCUGGACCUGAGGGGUACAGUAUCCAUGAUGGAACCUGGAAGUCAGCUAUUCAUGGCCUUGCAGAUCAAGACAAUUUGAGGAAGCUUCGAAAGCAGAUAGGACACAAACCUCUCCCAAUCAUUGGCGCAAAACUAAAAAGAAGAGGACUAGUGUUUUACAGUCAGGAAUUCAAAGAGUACUCCAUUCCAUUCAUGGGAUCAGACGUCUCUGUUGUAAAACGAACUCAACGGUACUUGCACACAGAUUUGAAAGAAACACCUGUGCAGUAUGCAGCUUAUGCAACGGUGGGUGGUAUUGCAUCUGUUAUUAAGCUGAUGUUUGCUGGCCUUUUAUUUUUUCUUCUUGUGAAGUUUAGCUUUGGAAGAAAUCUCCUGACAAAAUACCCAGAACUUUUCUCUGGUGGACAUUUUACAAAGAAAGGACCAACACAAAAGCAGAUAGAUGGAUCAUCCUUUACAAUGACAUUUUUUGGUGAGGGAUACUGCGAGGGCCAAGAUCCACAACAGGGCAAACCAAAUGUAAAAAUCUGCACCCAAGUGAAAGGACCAGAUGUUGGCUAUGUUGCUACAGCAGUAGCAAUGGUUCAGGCAGGUGUAGCGCUGCUAAAGGAUGCAAGUUCUCUUCCUAAACAAGGUGGCGUAUAUACUCCAGGAGCUGCUUUCUCUAAAACAAAACUGAUUGAUCGGCUCAACAAACAUGGCAUUGAAUUCUCUGUUAUUAGCAAGUCAGAAGCCUGAAGUUUCAAAAUAAUUCCAAGAAAAACUACAAUUGCAUGAACUAAUGUACCAAGAGCUUACUCAGAUGUAAAACCUAAUAACAUUUACAAAUCAGUUGUAUUGUUGCUAACAAUGGUAUUAAAUGGAUUAUAGCAUUUUGUGUAGUCAUUAGUGAACCAGCUGAUGCAAAGAGAUUAACACCACCUCAUGCUUUAGGAGUAUUAGAGGAAAUUACUGCUUCAGCAUCUAUUUAGAUGCCAAAAAUUAUAAUCUUGUAUAAAUAUGAGCUGAAUGGGAUGCAUGUGUGUGUUUUAGGUCUGAUCAUCUAUAGAAUUUUAAUAGGUAUUAAAACUCCAGAAUGGUAGAUUGCGGGCAGUAGUUGGAGAGCUUUUCAGCUAGCAUAACAGGUUCUAAACAUCAAUUUGUCAGUCAAAGGAUUUAACUCCAUUUACCACUGAAGGGCCUGGAUAACAAGUGCCUUAGCUAAUCAAGCCAUUAUUUAGGACUAUUUAGGGGAAGGGACCACUUAUUUGUGCUGGGGUCAUUUUGUAUGAUUUGGUACUCAUAAAAACAAGACAUGCUUCAAUUUCUUGUAAUUCUCAGUAACUUGCUGUAAUGGGCUUUACGGUAGGAAAAUCCAACUCCUUAUUUCUAGGAGUUACACUGAAAAACAAGAACAUAUUAGGAGUAGAUGGAGCAAUUAAGAUAAAGACAGUUAAUACAGGUCAAACAAAGCUAACAAAUUAACUUACAUGUUAUGUAAGUGCAGAAGCUAUCAGGAUAGGUGCUUCAUGCUAUAAAUCUUAUUCAUGUGAUUCUAGAGAUGUGGAGGGAAAUACUUUUGUAAGUUGAAUUUCAGAUUUAGUAUGACAAGCAAGCAGCUUUGGUCCGUCUUUGUGUAUGGUACAGUAUAUGACCUACAGCACUUAAAAUUACCACAUAUUCUAAAAUUGAAGUCUCUACAAAUUAUCUGGGUAAUUAACAAGAAAGCUGAGCUGCUUGGUCUUCCACCAAGUACCAAUUAAAGCAUAAAUAGUUAGGCUUAGCUUAAGGUUGUGGUUUGGCUAUCCACCUACAAUUGGCACACUGCAACGAUUAAUGAUUAAGUAACUAAGUCACUGUUGCUCAAGAAUUACUUAAGCCAUGCUUUCUCUCUUCUUUUUAACUAUAAGAGCAACAUCAUUUUUCAAUCUGCAUAUGCUAGAUUCAAGCUGCUCCCCAAAAUCCUUCAACAUAUAUGAUUGUGUCUCUGUAAAAAGAUGUAGCAUCUGCAGGUUAUCUUCUUCCUGCAAAAGACCAAUAAAAUUAAUGAGUAUAUAUUGGA